GGAAUUGAGAGAAUGGUAGUGGUGCGAUCAACCGCACAAUGAGCAAAAGGCGCCAGGCUCUAGAUCUGAUUUGAAGGAGCGAAUAUCGGCCAAGACCGACUUUGCAAAUCAAGAGGACCGCUGGCGAUAAAUGCAGGAACCAGCAACCGUUGCGUGUUUGUUCCUGACAAAGGCGUUGACGGAGGGAGCUACCACGGCGCACCUCCAAUCAGUCCAGGUCGCUUUCACGUCCUGCGACAAAAGAAUUGUGCUGUUAAGUCCCUCCUUCUAUUUCCAAAAUAACCUCGCCACAGUGCAAUUGCGACUCUGUAGAAGCAUAGGGCAACUGAGGAGUCGAAAAGCGGUAGAUAGCAAGCAAGCAGGUAAGCAAGCAAACAAAGAACAAGGAUAGGGAGGAGGGGGGGGGAGGGAACGGGAACGGCAAGGGCCCCAGAAAGAAGAGAGAUCAGUUGGCGGAUGGGGAUGUAUCGGAUAGAACAGAAUUUCCAGGGAAAGAUCCAAAAAAAC